ACGGAUCCUCCGCCGCCUCCACCUUCCGCCAUGGCCGCACGGCUGCUCUGGCGGGAGUCGCGGCGGCUGCUGGCUGGGGCCGGGGCCGGGCUCAGGCUCAGCACCGCGCCGCGCCCCGAGAAGAAGCGGUGGCUGCGGGCCUACCUGGAGCAGCAGCGGCUGGAGGCGCCCCCCCAGCGGCGGUCCGAGAAGCCCAACUGGGAUUACCAGGCGGAGAUACAGGCUUUCAGCCACCGGCUACAGGAAGACUUUUCUUUGGAUCUCCUCAAGACUGCAUUCGUUAAUUCCUGUUACAUUGAAAGCGAAGAGGCAAGACGCCGAGACCUUGGGAUAGACAAAGAAACGGUUGCUCUUAAUCUAGAGGAUAACAGUAAACUCGCCGAACAAGGGGUGUCUUUUUCACGUUCUUACCUGACGCAGUGCUUUGAAGGUGCCUACCCAGACUUACCGGCCAAGGGGGUAGGAGCACUUGUUGAUUUUCUCACCAGCCAGGAACUUGUUUCUUAUGUGGCUCAAAACCUGUCUAUACAGGACCUGACGCUUUGCAGAGAGUUUCCUGUCCCACCAGAUGUGCUGCAGAGGACGUUCUUUGCCGUGAUCGGAGCCUUGCUCAAUAGCAGCGGGCCUGAGAAAACAGGGAUCUUUGUCAGGGAUUUUUUUAUUCCCCAGCUGAUCGGAAAAGACCUGUUUGAGAUCUGGGAAGUUAUAAACCCCAUGGGCUUGCUGGUGGAAGAACUGACCAAGAGGAAUAUCUCAUCGCCAGAACCAAGAAUUACCAGGCAGCUGGGAGUCAGCACAGUUGUGCCACUGUACUUUGUUGGGUUGUACUGCGAUAAGAAGAUUCUAGCUGAGGGUCCUGGUGAGACGCUGCUUGCUGCAGAGGAGGAAGCUGCCCGCGUGGCGCUGCGGAAGCUCUACGGGUACACAGAGAACAGGAGACCUUGGGAUUAUUCAAAACCCAAACAAGGAUCGGCAGCUGCGAAGGCCAUCAGCAGGAACUAGACAAUAAAAGACAUUUCAGGUUUCUCUUAAGAAUUAAUGGCUUCCAUGCUGACUGUAGAUGUAUUUAGGAAAGCAAGAUUCCAUUUGGUUUUCCGAUCUUAAGUGCUUGAAAUCUUAAAAUCAAAUAUAGUAUUAAAAUAAAAGGUCUUUUACUUUUGCACAAUGUGUAAUAUUUGCUCAUUUUCCUAAGCAUAACAAAAGUACCCAUUUUCUGAAUUUUUGUCUUUUGACUCAGAAGUUUUUCCAUACAUCUCAGGAAACUAUUUUUAAGGAUGUUCAAUAAUGUGUGACAAAGUCUCACUGGGUAGGAAAAGGUUUGGUAAGUGCUUCCUUGGGGAUUGUUUUGAGGGUAUGGUUAAUAAGAUGAGUGGAAUUACGUGUGCAGCAUCGGUCUUUGGAUUGCAUCUGGAUUCAUUUGUCUUUGACCUUAUGAAUACAUGAAAUGUGAUGUCAAUGAUAUUGAUGCGGUUGAUGGUCGAAUUUACAAAAAAAAAUGUGCAAAUGUCACUUUUGAGGUCUCACUGCUUGCAUACAAAUUUCAUGUGCCCUACACAUUGGUUUCUAUUGUUGGAGCUCUGAAAGAGGCAUAUAUUUAAUUUUAAAAUUUGUAAAAAGGAAAAUGAGGCUCAUGAAGGCCUGAACUCAAAGAAAUCGGAGCACAUUGUUUAAUGCUGGGCUAUUCAGUAAGGCACAGCCUCCUCUUUCUUUUCCUUCCCCUUUUUUUUUUUUUUUUCCCCUUUUGGUACUUUUCCUGUAUAGUCCAGGUUCUUCCAUUUUUCUCCUGUCUCAGCUACUUAUUUUAACUAGUCGUGUGACUAAAGCAUUGGAUUCAGUGAAAUCAGUGUUUGUUUUGUUUGCAGAAUCUGUGGCCCUUCUACUGUAACUCCAGGUAAAUGGAAAGUGACAUAGGAGUCACUUGGCUACCUCCAUUGUGUCCCUGUUAAAUGUCAUAGAAACCCAGUGUGUGUUCCAGGAGACAAGAGAUGCAUGAGAAUUGUCACUUGUUUCCAGUUGUUUCCUUUAAAAUGGAAUGAGAGUCUGUUGCAAACUGGGACUGAGCCCUCAAAAGAAGAAAGGAAGAAGCUGCAUGUAGGACAGUGCUUAAAGAAGUUUUUCCGGCCUUAUCCCAGUGUGAACACUGGUUGUAAAAAAGAAAGACAACAGGUAAAUGUGCCCUCGCUAAUAAGGGGAAAAAGUAAUGAUGCAAGUGCCAUUCAGACAGGUUUGAUGUUUCUGUCCCUAACAACGUGUACCCACUGCCUUUGGCCCCCAAGAGUGGCACAUUCCCUGCGGCCCCAGGCACAGGAAUGAGACCUGACUCUGCUCUGCCUGAUGGAAACAGAUUUUCUGGUGUAUUCAAGCGAAAGAACUGGUUGCCUGUGAUUUGCAUGUGUCUUAGAUGUUUGGUGUGAUGUGCAUCUUAAGCAUGUGUGAAACACGGGGCUGGAGAGCAGCAAAGUCUUCCUUCUGUGUUUUGGCAUGGGAGACUGCAUGUCCGAAAGCUGGAAUAUAAAAAGGAGAACAGGAACAUCAGUCGAGCAUAAAACACGCAUAAAAUUGCUUGUGUGAAGUGAAAAAAUGCAGCUAAGUAAUCUAUUCUUCCUUAUAUAAGCAAAGCCAAUAAGGUCACUGUAUUCCAGGGGAAUAACAGCAGAACCUGAAGAGAGGAUAAAAAUUACUCAUGCUAUUUUUAGUUUCUAGAUGAGGUGUUUCUCUUACCUUUACCUAUUUUAAAAGGACAACAGCGAAGGUGGGUUUUUUACAUCCAAAGUUUGAUCUACCUACUAUUCUUACAUACGUAUUUUAGGAGAGACAAAAAAAAAAGUAAUUUUCUGGCAGUUUACCUUAAAAGAGUGUUUAAGAUCUGCUUGCUGUGGCUUCACAGUUUGGAAUAUGGGCAUAAGUCUUAGAAGAAGGGGAUUACUGAAUCUGGAAAAAAAUUGAGGAAUGCAAGAUAAAUCAAUUUCAUUGUGUAGAACACAUAUGGAAUGUCUUGAGCUGAAACAGAAAGACAGUUUGGGGACAUGGAAAAAAGGACUAGAUUUUUAUAGAGGUGUGAGUGGAAAUGGAGUUUUUGUAAGAAAACAUGUCCUAGUUUCAAGCUUCCAAAGGUCAGAAAAGCAUUAUAUGUGGUAUCUGUGCUUCACCUUCUGGCACUUAAGUUUACGUAUUUAAGGAUUUGCCGUUGUAACAGUGGAAUCAUUUACAUACUUCUGCUUAAUAACUUCCUUUUUUUUUUUCCUGAAUCGGAAGCCAUAAACGAGGUCCAAGUGACAUUAAAAGAUUGGUUAGAUUUACAGAAAUCAGUAUCUACAGAGUCUGGUGAAAAUGGCAGCUUUUUGCCUGCUAGAAACUUUGUUCAUGAAAUUCCAUUGUAGUUUUGUUGUCUGAAAAGCACUUUGUAAGCUACUUGCAUUAGUUUUAACCCAGGUGCUGCAUUACAAGCGCAUUUAUGUUCCUUUCUCAAUCACAUAUUAUUUAUCUUUCAGAGAGGGCAAUAGAUCAAGCAGCUUGUCAAUAAUUGACUGACAGAAAGGAAUGAGGGCAGUUUGUUCUUGCAACUCAUGUUAUUGAUGAUUGUUAUGAAUAUUCAUAAACCUAACAGUAGGAAAGGAUACGUUCUCUCACAUUUAUGGAAUUCUGUAAUAGGUUAUCAUCUCAAGAGUCAACUUUGAUUAUGCUUUUCUGUACACUACCUUUUAACUUUAUCCAAUGCAGAUGUUUCUGUUACUGUAUUUGCAUUUAUCUUUCAACUCUUUCAACUCAUUCAAACCCUAUCUCCUAAUCAAGAUGUUGUCUGUUAAGUGAGAAGUAUAAUUGGUAAGCAGAACACAAAUAACAAUAUUUCUUCAAUAACUAAAAUGUGACAUCAUGUGUGUACCAACAGCUGCAUUUUGACAAAUGUAUAGUACUUUCUGCUAACCCUUUUUAGCUGUCUUUUCUUUCUCCAUCUUUGUAUUAGUUUGCGUAAGAAUGCCCGUGUGCGUAGAUAUAAGUUGACUUAUGAAAUAAAUGUACCACUAGUUGUUAA